UCCUGUGAUGUUUCUUCUUUUUAACCAUCUGCCUUUCCACUUGUCACUUUUCUUCUAGUCCAUUUUCAACUUCUUGUUGUUGUGCAUCAUGAAGUGUGUUUACUUGUGCAGUGUUGUGUUGUUGGUGUGUGACGUCACUGCUGCAGGACCUCUACACGCACAGUGCACAGUACAUUGGUACUUUGCGAUACCAUGUCAAGCGGUUUAUGAAUCGCUAGUUUCACAGAUCAAGAAGUGGGAAGGCAUGGCGGGCUGCACCAGUGGAGGACAGCGCUGCUCGUACAAGCUAAAUUCUGCCACGGUGCACUUUAUAUCUGCCAAACACACCACUCCGUUGACGAGGUACCAACAAGUCAUCAACUUCCGCCUGGUGCCUUAUCACUUCUUCACUGGGUGUCAUAUUUCUGCCAUGUCCAUCUCCCAGACCUGGUUUGUGGUCCGAGACCACGGCACCAACUACUGCAACCUCUACAACCUCAUGGAAGGAAGUAGUCUCACAGAGGUCAGAGGUUACAGGGAGAUGACCAGUGACUUCUUAUGUACUCAGCGCUCCUCAGCCAACUGUAUCCUCGACUGACUUGUACUGCAACUACACUCUUCUUUCAUCAUCAUUAUUAUUAUUAUUAUUAUUAUACAGUGGGUAGGGAUUGAUUUUUGCUUCAUACCUGUGAGAAUCCUGCAUGCGAUUGAAAAAGGAAGCUCUGAUUUAUAAGCAAAAUUGCUCACGUCAGUGAAGGAUAAACAAAGUCAAUACCUUGCUGAUAUUUGCUAUUAGUCUGAUUAUAUCUGCAUGUCAAUUCUUCUGCUGCAGCAAACAAACAACAAUCACGUUGUAUGACCCACACACUCGUGUGAAGUCAUCACUCAUCUUGUGCCAUUUCAAUACGUUCAAGGACCCACCGCUCAUUUCACUUUCUGGUGACAGGAUUUACAAAUUUUGAGUUCUUCCUUCAAAGCCAAGUUUUCAUCUUCCAGCUGCUCCGCUCGCCUCUCCAGCUCUCUCACGUAGAUCUUCCUGCGCCUUCGGUAUUCCCGGGCAGCCUCUCUGCACAGAAAUGUCACAACAGGGCUGUCAAAAUAAAAGCAUUAACUUGUGUGAUUAAUCACAUUG